AUGCAUGGGUACGCCGACAAUGGACUCGCGCGGGAGGCUCUCAAUCUGUUCGAGCUCCUCCAGCUCGAACACGAUCGUCACGCCAUGGCUGGCGAUCCCUGGGCCUUCGUAGCAGCCGCGAAAGCUUGCGCCAUCCUCGCCACACAAGAAUCUUGCCAGGACUUCAAUGAAAAUCUCGUUCCCAUGGAAUCCCUCGAGAAGGGAAUGGCGAUCUAUGCUCGAGCCAUAGAAAAAUCCUCCCAUUCCAGCACUUUCGUGUCAAAUUCACUCAUAGAUAUGUUUCUCAAGUGUGGAAGCGUGGUUGACGCUCAAAGAGUUUUCACUCGAAUGGAGUUUCGUGAUAGCGUGACUUGGAACUCACUGAUCUUGGGAUAUGCCGAGAAUGGGUAUAACGAGUCAGCACUGAGAAUCUUCUUUUGCUUCAAACGAAAAGGUGGCGAGCCCAACUCUUGGACCUUUGUUGCCGCAUUGAAAGCUUGUAGCAAUCUCGCGGACUUGGAAACCGGGAGAGAAAUCCACAAGGAGAUUUGCCGGCGUGGGAUUGAAGUUCUCGAGCCUAUAGUCGUUUCUUUGCAGGAUUUCUAUGGAAGAAAUGGAAGUAUGAGAAGUAGCCAACUUAUUUUCGAUUCCUUAUCAUCUGGAACUACCACCAUUCUUGCAUGGAAUGCCCUGAUAGCAGGAUACAGUCACCAAGGAAACACAAAGCUCGUCUUCCAUCUCUUUCAAGCAAUGGAGGCCGAAUUUGUAGCAGCCGAUGGGAUCACCUUUGUAUCACUUCUAGCUACUUGCACCCGCUCCACCGGUUGGAUGAAGGUUUGGCGGUCGUGA